AUGACUUAUCUAGAAACAUUGAAACUUGGUCUCAAUGGGCUAAAAGGGAAUAUACCAUCAUCUCUCGGAAAUUGUAGUUCUUUGGAAAUCUUAGAUCUGAGGAAUAACAAUAUUCAUGGGGGCAUUUCUACUUGGAUUGAAAACUUGAAAAAGCUUCGCAUCUUAGUAUUAAAGUCGAAUAUAUUUGUUGGGCAAAUACCAUCAGAACUAUCCAAUUUGCAAAAUCUUCAGAUAUUGGAUAUGUCAAGCAACAAAUUUUCAGGCAUUAUUCGAAGUGGUUUUAUGAAGUCAAGUGCAAUGGCAAAUCAGACAGAAAAUACAGAAACUAUUGAAUUAAAUACUACAAAUGUUGGUAGGAUUUAUAUAGAUAGCAUAAUCAUUAAGAACAAAGCACAAGAUAUGGAGUAUGCGAGAACUUUGAGAUUAGUAAAAUCUCUUGAUCUAUCAUACAACAAUUUAUCAGGUAAAAUACCUUGGGAUAUUGAAUCCCUCAAAGGAUUGAUAAUUCUAAAUGUUUCAAGAAAUCAAUUCAGCGGUGAGAUUCCAAAAUCUUUGGGAAGUAUGGUACAGCUAGAAUCACUUGAUCUUUCCAAAAAUGAAUUGUGUGGGGUGUUUCCUGCUGAGCUGCAAUAUCUUACAUAUUUGAGCUACUUUGAUGUGUCCCAUAAUAAUCUAUCAGGAGUGAUACCGCAAGGAGGACAAAUGAUGACAUUUGAUUCUUCCUCAUUUUCCAACAAUUUAGAUCUAUGUGGCCUACAAAUCAAUGUGUCAUGUUCAGAAAAUCAUAUUGCUUCUUCCAGUGACGAUGAAAAAAAUAAAGAAGUAUUUGAGGAAGAUAUAUGGUGGGAUUUGGGAAUGGGAAUGGGCUAUACAUUUGGAUUUUCAACUCUGAUUUGGGUGUUAUGUUUCAGCAAAUCUUGGAGUGUAAAAUGUUUCAGAAUUAUGGAUAAAAUUAUUGACUCCCUUUCUCAAACAUUCAAAGAAAAAUUGUAUCAACAGCUUAAAACUAGUUUGUACAAAUCUGAUAAAGCUAAUUUUUAUGCAUCUUCUGCCCAGAGUUACAUAGCUGAGCCACUUAUGACAGGAGGAGUUGUUUUACAAGGGCUUUCUAUGGAUGGUCAAGCAGAAAUUACUGGUGAUAGAAAGAUUGUUCAGAACAGGAGGAAGGAUGAACUGGUGGAUAUUGGCCCCAUUGCCUUGAAUGACUUACCCGGGCUAGUGAACUGCACAGAGCACAAGACAGGAAUAAUUCUUUCACAACGCCAAUUUACAAUACAGUGGACAGUGUUUCGAUGUUCCAGACUCAACAAUGCGGGGCUCAGACAACAAUCUUUGUUGGGAAAGCACAGGCUUAUUGGCUUUUUCAGAAUUGAUGCAAAUGGUAGGAAAGAUGUUAAUAAGAAUACUUCCACUUUAAAUAUUAAGGCUCAAGAUGCAGACACAAUGGGCAUAUCUUCUGUUUCAGGAUUUGAAAGUGCUAGUCUGAAUAAAAUGUUAAUUUCUUGCUUGGCGGGAAAUACAAAAUCAACAGUAGAAAGUAAUGCUGAUAGGAAGAUCGUUGAGAACAAGAGGGAGGAUGAACUUGCGGAUAUUGGCUCCAUUGCCUGGGAUGACUUACCCAAGCUACUGAACUGCACAGAGAAUAUGAAAAGAAGAGACACAGAUCAGUUCUCUCAUAGUAUCAAUUCAGAAUUCAGGUGA